AUGAAAGUUGUUAGCCUUCAAUUGCCGUCCGGGCCGAGUAUGGAGCGGUUACCGCUACCAUUUAGCCCGACCGAGCUUUUAUGGCGGUAUCCUUUACCUUGGGCCCCACCGCCACCUUCACCCCUUGGCGAUACUAAAGCCCAGCUGCCUGCUGGUCUACCUCCAGAACCUAGACUGUGGACACGUGAAGAUGUUAUCGUGUUCCUGAAAUGGUGCGAGAGAGAAUUCGACUUACCCAAAUUCGAUGUGGAUCUUUUCCAGAUGAAUGGUAAAGCUUUAUGCCUUUUAACCAAAACAGAUUUGGGCGAGAGGUGUCCUGGUGCUGGAGAUGUAUUACACAACGUUCUUCAGAUGUUAGUUCGCGAUGCAUGUUUACUCGGACGAGUACCAUCUUCUCCUGUAACUCCAACAGCGCGUGCUGCUCCAUACCCACCUUCGCCACAUUCACACCCACCAACUCCCACCUGGACUGUAGACGGAUUCCACCACUUCCAUGGUGCCGUCGCUGCAGCUGCGCAACCUAACUCUGUUACAUUAAGUCCGGCACCUUCAGUUGAUAGUUCGGGAAGUCCACAGAGGGGGGAAACUAUGACCUAUGCCCCAGCUUACGCACCUCCAGUACCAAUGAAUGCUCAAGCUAGCUCAGGAAGUAAUCAAUCAGACUCAGAUGAAGAAAACCAAUUCUCGCAAGCUCCUCGUUCUCCGAAGGAAGUUCAACAAAACAGCCCUGCGCCGCAAACUCACGUUGUUCCACAACACACACACUACAGAGUUCAGCACAGAGAAUUCUUCCCGAAUGAUAUGCCUGAAUCUAAUACAAAUGGAAGACUUUUGUGGGAUUUCCUACAACAACUGUUAAAUGAUCCUACGCAAAGAUACACAAAUUAUAUUGCCUGGAAAAACAGGGAAACUGGUGUUUUUAAGAUUGUAGACCCAGCUGGACUUGCCAAGCUGUGGGGAAUUCAGAAAAACCAUCUUUCAAUGAAUUAUGACAAGAUGUCACGUGCUCUGCGGUAUUAUUAUCGUGUCAAUAUAUUGCGAAAGGUUCAAGGCGAAAGACACUGUUACCAGUUUCUUAGGAAUCCAACAGAACUGAAGAAUAUUAAGAAUAUUUCACUAUUGAGGCAGCAAAUGGGCCAUACUCAGCAGCCUGUCAAAACAGAAAUGAAAGAAGAACGUUGUGAAGAAGACAACAUAGAUGAAGAUAUGCCUACUGACUUAAGCAUAAAUACGUGUGAACAAUGGAGGAAGCGAACGUGGCCCGACUCGGCCUCCGCCCCUCACGACAAACACCGCAUCAGUGCCCUAAUAGGCGAUAGUAUUAUGAUGCUAAAAAGAGAUCCAGAAUAUAAUUCCGAACAAUGUGCUCUCAAUUUAAAAAGUGAAAAAUGUGAACAAUGAUUUCUACUGACACAUGUACACUUCUAAUGUGAUGUGGUGUUAAUUGUGCGACAAACUACUCCAACAGCUUAGUUCUAGUCAAAUUUCUCUCAGAUGUCUUCCUCCUAAUAGAAUGUAUAUCGCUGAGAGUACUUUGACCAAUUUAUAAUGGCUUUUGGAGUUAAACAGGGUAUGGACCUAAAUUAUGCCUUUGUGCCAAGUGAUUUUUAUCUAAUAGUGUCAAUUACAUAAGUAGUUAGCAAAGGGGACAAAAGUUUAUUUGUGUUAAACUAUAUUAAUAUUUUGUGCAAUGGACUAUUUACUACUGUGGACUGAAAUGUAACAGUUGCAAGUUGCAAUUUAAAGAGGUUGCCAAAAUGCCAAUACCAACAACGCAGCGCGUGCUCUUGUACACGCUGCAAAUGCAUUUUUUUGUUAAUUUAAUUAUUAGUUACUUGUAUGUUUAUUUUCGUUUUUUUUUUGUUGCUGAAUAGCUGAGAGAUAAAGAGUUACGAAAGAAUAUCACAUGAAAUAUUAUUGUCUUCCAUUGAUUUUAUGGCAAACGUCUCAAUUGUAGCAUGUGAAGCAAAUUAUUGAAACUACCACGCACCAUUAAAGUAGCAUAAAUGAAGUCUAUCAAAUCAAAUUUGCUAAGACAUUUUAAUGUCAACUUGUCCCACAAAUUAUUAUUAUAUAAAUAUUAGUAUAAAAGACAAUAAAAUAAUUAACCUACCUAAAACUAUGCCUUGGAAUCAAUCAAAAAAUCCACUGUGAUAAAAAGUAUGAAGUGGUAGUCUUGUAGAAUAUGCUAGGGCUUACUCAAUGAUUUCCAGCUACAAUUUUCUGUGAUCUCUUUUAACAAUAUAGGUAAAUAAUGUAAUAGAGAGUAAAAUUAUUGCGUCUGUAAAUAUUACUUAAGAUGUAAGUUAGAUUAAGUGAAGCAAAAGAGUGUAUGUAUGAUUUGUCAAACAAAAUGUGGAGCUUUAUCAAAGUACCUAGGUAUCAGUAAGAGUUAUAACAACUGAGUUUGUAUUUUUACAAUAAUUUCUAUUUGGCAUCGGCCACAAUUUCCAACGUGUACACAAUAAAAAUGAAUAUUAAAAUAUUGUGUCAGAUUUAUAACUUAAAAAUAAAUGGAAGUA